AUGAAUGCUAAAGUGAAAAAGCAAAAUAAUAAAACUAAGGAAUUCAAGGAUACUAUCAACUUAAACCUAUCGAUAUUACAGUUAGACCUGCAAACAACGCAAAACGAAUCAAGUAGGGAGAAAGAUUAUAAAAAAGACAGCGUAGAUGAACAAUACACUCUCAAAGAAGACACGGAUGGCUCCCAUCUAUACGCUUGCAAGACAUGUUCAAACGUGUACAAAAAGCGGGGUUUCUUCAAGCAACAUUACAAAGGUGUCCAUUUAAAACAACGGCCGAAGUUACGAGGCUGUUAUUACUGCAAUGAAAAAGUCGCACCCCAUGUUAGGGCACAUCAUCUAGAAAAAGUUCACGGGGUUCCAGCGCCAUCUUGCGGAGCUUGCGGGAAAAAGUUCGCGUAUCCUUUCCAAGUGUUGAGGCAUCAAAAAACUUUUCAUAUGGGCGAAAAGAAGUUUGUUUGUGACAUUUGUGAUAAGUCGUUCGCUACGAGAGGUAAUCUUACUCAGCAUCAAGUGAAGCACACGACGGAUAGGCCUUUUAUAUGUGAUUAUUGUAAUGAAGCGUUUAAGUGGAGGAAACAUUUGACAAGGCAUCUGUUGAUUCAUGUGAAUUUGAAACGGAAUUGA